CUCGGCCCCGCCUCCUCCUGCUCCUCCUUCCCCUAGCCGAGGGGCGGUACGGAGCCGCCCGGCGAGUGUAGCGGGGCUGCUGAGGGGCGAUCAUGGCGCCGCUCAGGGACUGCAAGGCCUGGGAGGAUGCUGGUCUUUCCCUGUCCACAACUAGCAAUGAAGCCUGUAAACUAUUUGAUGCUGCGCUGACCCAGUAUGCAACCUGGAGCAAUAAUGAGAGCCUUGGAGGUAUUGAGGGGUGUCUCUCAAAAUUAAAAGCAGCAGAUCCAAAUUUUACAAUGGGACAUGUCAUUGCUAAUGGCUUGGAGCUGAUUGGCACUGGAAGUUCAGUGCGGCUCAACAAGGAGCUGAACAGUGGGAUGCAAAUGAUGAUGAUGCUUGCAAAAUCACAGCCACUGACUGAGCGGGAGAAGCUCCAUGUAUCAGCGCUGGAGAUGUUUGCCAGUGGACAGCUUCCAAAAGCUUGUGAUUUCUGGGAACAGAUUCUGCAGAACCACCCAACGGAUCUGCUAGCCCUCAAAUUUUCCCAGGACACUUAUUUUUACCUGGGAUAUCAUAUACAGAUGCGAGAUUGUGUUGCCCGUGUUUAUCCUUUCUGGACACCUGAUAAUCCACUAAGCAGCUAUGUGAAAGGCUACUACUCUUUUGGGCUCAUGGAAACAAACCAUUUUGAUCGUGCUGAGGAGCUUGCCCGUGAGGCUUUGGCUAUAAAUAAGACAGAUGCGUGGUCUGUUCAUACUGUAGCUCACGUAAAUGAAAUGAAGGCAGAGGUGAAGAAAGGUCUCGAAUUUAUGAAGGAAACAGAAAACAAUUGGAAGAACAGUGAUAUGCUUGCUUGCCAUAAUUACUGGCACUGGGCUUUGUACUUCAUUGAAAAGGGUGAAUAUGAGGCUGCUUUGACAAUUUAUGACAACCAUAUUGGUCCCCGGUGUCUAUCAAGUGGAAGCAUGCUGGAUAUAGUAGAUAACUGUUCAAUGCUGUACAGGCUUCAUCUGGAAGGUGUAAAACUUGGAGACAGGUGGAACCAUGUUCUCAAGCUUACAAAGAAGCACACCAAAGAUCACAUUCUUCUCUUCAAUGAUGUCCACAUCUUGAUGUCUUCACUUGGAGCCAAAGACCACAAAACUACUGAUGAGCUUUUAACAACUCUUCAGGAACUUGCCAAAACACCUUGUGAUGACCAUGAGCUUUCCCUGGCUCCUAGUUUGGGUUUGCCACUGUGCCAGGCUUUUGUAGAGUUUGAAAAUGGAAAUUGUGAUAAAGCUGUAGACCUGCUGUACCCAAUCCGUUACCAACUGAUCCAACUAGGAGGCAGUAAUGCUCAGAGAGAUAUUUUCAGCCAGUUAUUGAUUCAUGCUGCUUUAAAUUCUAAAUCACAAGCCAAACAAAACCUUGCAAGGUGCCUCCUGAGAGAACGUGAUGUGAUGAGACCAAAUUCACCAAUGACAGAGCGACUUAUUAGGAGGGCAGCAGCUGUUCAUUCAGUGGCAUAAGUCUUUCCUCUGUGCUUCAGCUGAAUAGCAAUAAGCUUACCAGUUAAAGUCUGGGUGCAGGAUGUGGAGAGGUGCUAUGCUAGAAACCAUGCUAGAGAUUCACAGUAAGUAAGGUCACCCUUUAGAGAUACAACCAAAUUAGAGAUACAACCAAAAUUUUCUUAAUAUGUAGCUGUUGCAUUUCAGGAGCUUGUAUCUUAGAUACUUUCACAGGGAAAUAGUAAGAUAACCUUCUGAUAAUUCACAGCUUUCUGAAGCAUCCUGGGAUGCUGCUUCUCUCGUAUAUUUUCCUGAAAGUUCCCUCUGGGCCCAAUUAUGUUCAUUACAGUAACAGAGCCCAGGUUGCAAUCAUUCAUUGGCCCAAUUCAUUGAUAUGUUAAAUGAUCAGUAAACUGCUCAGGUAAUUCAAAUGAACCUUUUAAGCAUUGGUAAUAGGAAAGUAUGAGACCAGAGCCAAUCCAGGCAUAAACUGAAUUCCAUAUCAAACUUCCAGUCCGUUUUGAGGCAUGAGUCACAGGCUCAGUCAUUACAGAUCUGUCUGCACUCAGGAUCUCUCUCCAGGUGCAUAUUUUUACACUCCUUCUCACAAAAUGUUAAACUUUUUCCUUUCAAUAGCACCUCAAAGCCUUCUGAAAUUGAUAUGAAUGAAACAAGACAGGAGGGGUAAUAGCUCACCACAACCAUGCUAAUGCAGGUACUCCCUUGGUCCUUUUAAAUAUUUCAGAGAAAAAAUGAAAAAGCCUGGAUUUCAGCUACAAAAGCACUAUUUCUCAGUGGUAGUUUGGACUUGCCUCUUUGUGCUUACCUCAGCUUUUGGAAAGUCAGGCCUUACUGCCAUCUCAAUAGCACAAGCCUCUACAUGUUAGCAAACUAGAGUUGAAAACUAAUGAUAAAGCAUGUACUUCAUGGAGGCAUCUCAGAGCUGGCAAACACUGGAAGGGAGGUUCCCCGUGGAAAGAGAGCUAAGGGGACUUUGUCCUGCCACAAGUGAUGUGGCAAGCUUUGGUGCUGCAAAUGAUGCCCAAUGUGAGCUGUGUACCUCCCUAAUGUUCUGUUAUCUUUGGAUCCUUGCUGUGUAGCAGAGCUAACAGAUUGCUUUACAACAGUAAUCCAGAAGCCCCUAAUGAAGGUAAAGAUUAUAUUUCAAAUGAAAACUGAAAUAUUGCCACCUCUUCUUCCUGAACAGACAUGUCACACUCUUUAAGUGCCCAAGCUCUGGCUUUGGUAUCAAAUCUGUAAGCUCUCUGAGACACACACAUUCCUGCCCCUCCUUCCUGUCCAGCUCAGGCUCUUCCAUGUUGUCCCACAGCAGCCCCAUCCCACAUAUGGUUUCUUUUUGACCUAAAAAAAGCUCUUUGGUAGUUGUUGCUGCAUUGCCCCUGGAGUUCCUGCCUAGAGGAGUAAGAUGUGCCUUGCUGCUACCCUUCUUCCCCCAGCCCUCACUUAAGGAAAAAAUAGUAUAUUUUUAAAUCAAUGAUAAUUUGUGAAAAUAGGUAAGGGUAUUGCAUCCUCGCCUCCAGCCUUUUUAAUCCAACAGACAGUUGUAGUUCCCUGUUCUUCAGCUUCAUUAUUGCUUUGUAUGUGGCUAAAGUUACACUAGAUUUUUACUAUUCUCUUUUAAUCAGUGCAUUUCAAGCAGUGCCUUUAGACAGGUAACUUUUUACUCAAGCAAUAUAAUAAAUCUUAUUAGGAAACAAAAGCCUGAGAAAUCUACUGCCUGCUUAUGAAUUCUGUACUCUGAUCCAUUGCUACACAAAUGUAAGAAUAUGACAUCUGUAGUACUUUUGAUAUAAUGUGAUGGAGAAUUUUGUCUGCUUUACAUCAAUAAAUUCAAAGGUAUGCUCAGUUGAGCAGCAACUUC